AUGUUGGUUUCGUCGCUCGGGAUUCUGGCGACAUCCCUUGAGUACAUGCGCAGACAACUCAGCAGGAGGCUUUGCGGCCGCCACAGUCUUGCAUGCACCUGUGUGGCAGUGCUCGUCGCAGUUUUAACAAUUCUCAUCCUAUCGGCUGGCCUUCGAGAUGCUAGGUACACCCCGAACUGGAUCAAGUUUCCAGAUCUUUCGCUCUUUGGCUGGAGCCGGCUACGUUGGCGUGAGGCUGAUUUCUGCUACAUCCGAGACGCUGAAUCUGGACGACAACCGAAUUCUUCAACUUGUGUUACCCAUUGCUCAACGUUUCCACCUGCGUCUUUGGGUGACUCUUCCGCGAUCCAUACCGAACUACACGACUGCAUGACAUAUCGAGCUCGGUAUAGUUCUCUUUGUGCCAGUCAAACAGAAGAACAAAGCAUCGAUAUUUUGGAGGAUCCAGCACCAAGGUAUCGGAGUGCGAUCGUGCUGCGCGCCUGGGAUAAGUUCAGCUGGACGCCCGAUGAUAUACGCAACGUGAAGGCCAUGGUAACAGAAAUGUCACUUCUAGGAAGCUCCUAUUCUGUUCACAUUCUGCUUCACGUCAGAACCGAAGAAGACUUGUCAACGAUGGCUGCAGAAUCUCUUGAAGCUAUCAAGCUGCUGCAUGUUCCUGCUGAGUUUUUGAACAUUACAGAGCUAUGGAGCUAUGCAGAUUGUCAGUCAGCGUACCCAGCUGUUGGGGAGUACGAAUUCUAUUACCACGCGUUCAUGGCUCUUCAGAUGUUCGCGGAUAGACAUCCGGAAUAUGACUUCUUCUGGAACUGGGAGAUGGACGUACGCUAUACUGGAACAUACAACGAGUUGUUCCCAUCAUUGACAGCUUGGGCAAACCAGCAGUCUCAUGAAGGGGCUUGGGAGCGCAACUCGCGCUUCUACAUUCCAACUUACCAUGGGACCUGGGAGAACUUCACCAGAUCGAUCAAGUUAUCUGGCAAUGCCUUCCCUAGCCCUACGCCAUGGCUACCACAGCAAUCUCAGCCGGAAGAUCUUGGACAAGAAUCCGACCUGAUUACUUUGUUUCCCAUGUUCGAUUGCGAGGACACUGCUUGGCCUCAUAAAGACUAUGUCGUCAACUACCAGCUUGAGGAGGUCCAGCCCCGUAUCGGAACGGUUGGAACCAACAUGCGGCUAUCUCGCCGACUUCUACAAAUGAUGGCGAACGAAAACAUAGCUGGAAGGGCUAUGAUGUCUGAAAUGUGGCCACCCACCCUUGCGUUCCACCACGGCUUGAAGGCCAUAUCAGUACCACACCCAAUGUUCUUCGACAAGCGAUGGCAAUCCAAUGAUCUUCAACAGAUUUUCAACGCAGGCGUCAAUGGCAGAGUUGGGGGGUCAAAUACAUCGGUGGUGGGUCAUGAGGAAGUCUUUCUGGGCUCAACUUGGUUUUGGAACGCCCAAUCACCCUCGGAACUAUAUGAUCGAUGGAUGGGCGUAGCUAGGGAAGGCCCCGGGUCGACUGAGUUCGCAAGACUCCAUGGAAAUGUGUGUUUGCCUAGAAUACUACUUCACCCUGUGAAAUUUUGA